CUGCGCGAAGCGCGCCAGGGCGCGCGCCGCCGCCUCCGCCUCCUCACGCUGCCGGGCCUCCUCGUCCAGCCGCUGGCGGACGUGAGCGAUGUCCUCCAGCAGGUGCUCCUGCUCCAGGCGCAGCUGCCCGCGCGCCGCCCCGAGGCGCAGCACGGCGCCGCGCAUCUCGCGCACCUCGCGCUCGUACAGCUCGCCCAUGGCGGCGCGGCCGGCUUGCUGCUGCCGCAGCGCCGCCGCCUCGCCCUCCAGGCUGCGGUUGUGCGCCUCGAGCUGCCUCACCUUGUCGAUGUAGCCCGCGAAGCGGUCGUUCAGAGCCUGCAGCUGCUCCUUCUCGCUGCGCGCCGCCACCGCCGCCACCACGCAGCCCUCUGGGCCGUUGCUUAGGGUGUCUAGCGAGUCGGUGCUCGAGGCGGCGCCGCGGAAGCGGCUGGGUGAGGCGGACACGGAGCUCACGGACGUCCGCGCCCACGAGUGGAAGCCGCUGGAGGAGCCGGCCGCGGAGCGCGUGCCGCCCGGGCCUGCCUUGCGGCUCAGCGAGUAGUGCAGGCUGCCGCCUCCGUGCAGCGGCGCGAACGGGGCGCCCAGCAGCGCAUCGGCGCUGCCGAAGCUCAUCAUGGCCGGAGCAGGCCCCGCCCAACAGGUCCCCAGCCCCUCCCGCCAGGUUGCACCCUCGACCCCGCCCCCGGGGUGUGCGUCCACCGGAAGUUCCGCGCACGGGCCUCUUACUUCCGCUCGGCAGGUGACAGCCGUGGAGCUUGGAGCCGCCGGCUGCUGCGACGCACCGGAGGAGAGGGAGGCGGAGGCUGCGGACAUUUUGCUGCUGAAGCGAGCCGAGCCGCGGCACCCGGAGCCGUUUGGAUUUGUGGGGGCCAGAACAAUGACUCGGGAGUUAAAGACACUGCUGCCAAGCUUGAUAAACCCGAGUUCUAUCUCUGGGACCCACACAGUGGGAGGAGAGGAUCUAAUUCUGCAAGUUGUCCCCUGACUUCCACACCCAUGUUGGAACAUGGUGUAUACCCACACACAAGUCUGGCCACAGAUAAAGGACCAAAAUGACUGACUCAAAAUACUUCACCACAACCAAGAAAGGGGAGAUCUUUGAGCUGAAGGCAGAGCUUAACAGUGACAAGAAGGAGAAGAAGAAGGAGGCAGUGAAGAAAGUGAUUGCAUCAAUGACUGUGGGCAAAGAUGUCAGUGCUCUCUUCCCUGAUGUGGUGAACUGCAUGCAGACAGACAACCUGGAGCUAAAGAAGCUGGUGUACCUGUACUUGAUGAACUAUGCCAAGAGUCAGCCUGACAUGGCCAUUAUGGCUGUCAACACCUUUGUGAAGGACUGUGAGGACCCCAAUCCUCUCAUCCGGGCCCUGGCUGUGAGGACUAUGGGCUGCAUCCGAGUUGACAAGAUUACAGAGUACUUGUGUGAACCACUCCGGAAGUGCCUGAAGGAUGAAGACCCAUAUGUGCGCAAGACAGCGGCUGUGUGUGUGGCCAAGCUCCAUGACAUCAAUGCCCAGCUGGUAGAAGACCAGGGCUUCCUGGACACGCUUAAAGACCUCAUCUCAGACUCUAACCCCAUGGUGGUAGCGAAUGCAGUGGCUGCCCUGUCAGAGAUCGCUGAGUCUCACCCCAGUAGCAACCUGCUUGACUUGAACCCACAGUCUAUCAACAAGCUGCUGACAGCCCUUAAUGAGUGCACUGAAUGGGGCCAGAUCUUCAUUCUGGACUGUCUGGCCAACUACAUGCCCAAGGAUGACCGUGAGGCCCAGAGCAUCUGUGAGCGGGUCACUCCUAGACUCUCCCAUGCCAACUCUGCUGUGGUGCUGUCUGCGGUGAAGGUGCUGAUGAAGUUCAUGGAGAUGCUGUCCAAGGACCUGGACUACUAUGCCACACUGCUCAAGAAGCUGGCCCCUCCCCUGGUCACACUGCUGUCCGCAGAGCCAGAGCUGCAGUAUGUGGCCCUGCGCAACAUCAAUCUCAUUGUACAGAAAAGGCCAGAGAUCUUGAAGCAUGAAAUGAAGGUUUUCUUUGUGAAGUACAAUGACCCCAUCUACGUGAAGCUGGAGAAACUGGACAUUAUGAUCCGCCUGGCCUCCCAGGCCAACAUUGCCCAGGUAUUGGCAGAACUCAAAGAGUAUGCUACAGAAGUAGACGUGGAUUUCGUACGGAAGGCAGUGCGUGCCAUUGGCCGCUGUGCCAUCAAGGUGGAGCAAUCUGCAGAGCGCUGUGUGAGCACAUUGCUUGAUCUCAUCCAGACCAAGGUCAACUAUGUGGUUCAGGAAGCCAUUGUGGUCAUUAAGGACAUCUUCCGCAAGUACCCCAACAAGUAUGAGAGUGUGAUAGCUACACUGUGUGAGAAUCUGGACUCUCUGGAUGAGCCUGAGGCCCGAGCCGCUAUGAUCUGGAUAGUGGGCGAGUAUGCCGAGCGGAUUGACAAUGCAGACGAGCUGCUCGAGAGCUUCCUGGAAGGUUUCCAUGAUGAGAGCACUCAGGUCCAGCUACAGCUACUGACAGCCAUUGUGAAACUCUUCCUGAAGAAGCCAACAGAGACUCAGGAGCUGGUGCAGCAGGUCCUCAGUUUGGCCACUCAGGACUCAGACAAUCCAGACCUUCGGGACCGUGGCUACAUCUACUGGCGCUUGCUCUCCACGGACCCUGUAGCUGCUAAAGAGGUGGUACUGGCUGAGAAGCCCCUCAUCUCAGAGGAGACAGACCUUAUUGAGCCUACACUUCUGGAUGAACUCAUCUGCUACAUUGGCACGCUGGCCUCUGUCUACCACAAGCCUCCCAACGCCUUUGUGGAGGGUGGCCGGGGAGUGGUACAUAAGAGCCUGCCACCCCGCACUGCCUCGAGUGAGAGCACAGAGAGCCCUGAGACAGCUCCUGCUGGAGCACCUGCUGGUGAUCAGCCUGAUGUCAUUCCUGCCCAGGGUGACCUGUUAGGUGACCUCCUCAACCUGGACCUUGGGCCCCCAGUGAGUGGCCCACCCUUAGCUGCCUCCUCCGUGCAAAUGGGAGCUGUGGAUCUUCUUGGUGGUGGCCUCGACAGCCUGAUGGGGGAUGAGUCUGAAGGGAUUGGAGAUAGCAACUUUGGGGCACCUUCAGCAUCAGUGGCCGCAGCACCAGCACCAGCCAGACUUGGAGCACCCAUCAGCAGUGGCUUAAGUGACCUCUUUGACCUGACCAGUGGUGUGGGCACCCUUUCAGGAUCCUAUGUAGCUCCCAAAGCAGUCUGGCUCCCUGCCAUGAAGGCCAAGGGACUGGAGAUCUCUGGCACCUUCACCCGGCAGGCUGGCUCCAUCUCUAUGGACCUGCAGCUGACUAACAAGGCCCUGCAGGUCAUGACAGAUUUUGCUAUCCAGUUCAAUCGUAACAGCUUUGGCUUGGCCCCUGCUGCACCUCUCCAGGUGCACGUACCACUCAGCCCCAACCAGACCGUGGAGAUCUCCCUGCCUCUUAACACAGUGGGCUCAGUCUUGAAGAUGGAGCCUCUAAACAAUCUUCAGGUGGCUGUGAAGAACAACAUUGACGUCUUCUACUUCAGCACUUUGUACCCACUGCAUGUCCUCUUCGUGGAGGAUGGGAAGAUGGACCGGCAGAUGUUCCUGGCCACAUGGAAGGACAUUGCCAACGAGAACGAAGCCCAGUUCCAGAUCAGAGACUGCCCGCUUAACACAGAGGCUGCGAGCAACAAGCUACAGAGCAGUAACAUUUUCACUGUCGCCAAGAGGAACGUGGAGGGCCAGGAUAUGCUCUACCAAUCUCUGAAGUUGACCAAUGGCAUCUGGGUGCUGGCGGAGCUGCGGAUCCAGCCAGGCAACCCCAGCUUCACGCUGUCCCUGAAGUGUCGAGCACCGGAGGUGUCCCAGCAUGUAUACCAGGCCUACGAGACUAUCCUCAAGAACUGAAGCCCUGUCGCAUCCACCCCAGCCUUCUGCCAGCCCAGUCAUGGAACCCUGCAGGUGGCAGUACCUCCUCCUUUCUUUGAGGAAAGGCCAGGUGGGCUCCUGAACCACCCAGGAGGCUCCCCUGAUCCUAACUGAGGGUCUGGAGCAGGGCCAUGUCUCCUCCCAGAGUGAAAUCUCAGUGCAUCUCCAGUGGCUGCUUUUUUCUAUUGCUGUUGAUGUGGGAUCAAAGGAAAUGGAGCCAGCACAGCAUCAGAAGCUGGACAGAGGGCCACAGGGUGCUCUUCCUUCUCUUCUCCUGGGUGUGAACAUGGACCCCACCCCCACCCCCAGGGUCCUAGCCCAUAAUCCCUGCCCAGUCUCCUCAGUGAGCCUGUCCUGGGUGGAGUCCUCUGGGUGCCAAUAUUACUGCUUGGGACUCCAAGGGCUGGAAGUGGUGAUGGGCAGAUGUGAGCCCAGAGGAGCAGCCUGGGCCAGCACCAUCUGCCCCAUGUAACCCCAGUCGGUGCUCUGUGGCCACCUGCAGGUCCCAGAGCCCAGCUGGGAUUAUGUUCUCUGUGCCCCGGAAGAUGGUCACUGCCUACAAAACAUUCCUGGUGUCCCCUCUGUGAGUCCAGGGCUCUUAGAACAGAAAUAGGGUAAGAGGUGGAGCAAGGGGCAGUGGACAUGCUUCUGGUGUGAGGUCCUGUGGGUUCUCCAGCAGCCGCUGGCUCCCCUGGCUCCCAGUCUGUGUGUGUGACAGCUAUCCUGUCACUGCUGUUUGAUAAUAAAGAGAUUCUGCUUUCGGCAA